AACAGACUUAAAAAACAUAACUGUAACUGAAGAACCAACUUUUGGGUCCAGUGGUAUCCUCAAAGCCACCCUUUUCCCCCAGUCCUAGGACAGAAGUGAAUUUCCUGCUAGGAGGACACAGUGCAUAAGACAACAGUUAUGUGCAGUAGUUACACAGCACAGCUCAGUGAAACUUAAGAGGUAAGUUGGCUUUCCUUCUUAAUUCUUCUGCCAAUCCUUAUUUUGCCCUAAAUCCAAACAGAUUUUCCCCUUUUUGGAAGAAAUCAAUUUUCCCUUAGUUCUAGAUAUCUUAGUCUCCAGGGCAUCCAAAACAUUGAAUCUCUUUACUAUCUUCAUCCUUAAGAGAAAUUCCUAUGGGCUAAGAAUGUUAGAACAGUUUCAUGGAGAUCAAUCCUUGGAGAGAAGGUAGUAACUAAAGGGAUACAUAUGGUAAGGCCAGGCCAUUUCUGGUACAUAAAAUAGUAUAAACAAGAGUACAGAGAUGGGUGGGAAGAAACCUAGAAAAAGAAGGUGGCGGGAAUGGAAUGGAACACAAGCGAAUCUAAGGGCUCGCCUUCAUAAUUCUUUCAUUCUCUUGGGCCUGCCUAGGAAAGACGUUAUGGAACUCUGAUACACUGACACCCUCUCACCCUGCCAUAAACACCCUGUCUCCAGGGUAAUUUUUUCCCUUAGGUAUAAUGGAGAUUGUCAGUUCUUCAGGCUCCUUUCUCUCCAGCUUUCUCAUCUUCCUCUUGCUUGAGACACAUACAUUGGCUUCAGAGCAAUUUUCCGUGAUUGGACCUAUAGAACCCAUCCGGGCCUGGGUAGGAAGAAUGGCAGACCUACCAUGUUACCUGUCUCCCCAGAAAAAUGCUCAAGCCAUGAAGGUGAUUUGGUUCCAAUCUCUGGAAAUAGUGCAUCACUAUGAAGAUGGGCAGGAUAAGUUUGACAAUCAAAGCCCUAAAUUCCAAGGGAGGACAGAGCUGGUGAAAGAUGCCAUCACUAGAGGAAAUGUCACCCUGAGGAUAUGGAACAUUACAGCAGCUGACAAAGGACACUACAAAUGCCAUUUUGAUGAUGGUUUGUAUCAAGAAGAAGCUGGUAUAGAACUACUUGUCUCAGGUGAGGAGUCAGAAGUGAUGUUCCGGGGACUGGGGGCUUCAAUGUGAAGAAUUGGGAGAGUAUUUUUCCCAUCUGAAUAAUGACAAGUUUAGGGUUGUUGUCAGAGGAGGCAGGGAAACUGUUACAAGGAUAUCACUUUUAAAAGACUGAUAUAUAUUAAUUUAAGGUCGCCAAGGAAUUCGGCUAUGUAAUUCCUUAAUGAAAACUCAAGUCAGGCGUCAACCUUUUAUGGAGUUUUAAUUACAAACAGGAGGAAGAAAGGAAUUAGAGAUAGAGAGAUAGAGGGAGAGAGAAAGGGGAGAAAAGGGAAUAGGGCUUAAAUACCCCUUCUGUUUAGGCUGGGCCAAAAGGCCCAAGCCCUUAGAUAGCUGGGGCAAUGAAAGGAGAUCAGUCCCUAUUACUCACGUGACCAAAAAUGGAGAAACAGUCUCCGGAGCCCCCACUUUCAGCUUCCAUCAGCGCAAGCUUCUCAGAGCACACUGCAACCACUCCGACAAACUCCUCAACCACCUUGAGUCUUCAGACCCCCCUAUCCUUAAGGAAACCAUUCAAGUUCCCUCCCCUCAGUCCUCACAUCUACCAAUCACCUGUCCAUCAAUUUCCCUGUGCCAAUGGAGGCUCUAGCUUAACCCAGGACCGCCCAGAGGUCUCUGGCUUUGCAAAUGUCUGUUGAAGGUCAUAUUUUCAAAUAAUUAAAUCUUUGAUCCUUUGCUACAGCCCUGUCUAAAUCCUGUUAACCUGAGUAGGGUAGAGAUUGGAAUAAUUAAAUUUUGAUCUAGGCUGCAGCCCUUACUCAAUCCUGUUAGGACUGAAUAGGGUGGAGAUUGAUUCCAAGUAUCUCCAUUGUAUCAAUUCUAAAAUCAAUCAUGACUCAAAGAAAUUUCUGUUCUAUGCUUAAGCAUAGGUCAAAGUCCUUUCCAUUGUUCAGCAAAAGAAUUCUGUCCUAAAGUAAUCUUAAGAAGGGAGGAGAAGGAACCUCCCAUGCCAAUGGGGUUCACAUUCCAAUAGUCAAGACCCACUAUCAAUAGGAAAUUUUUCAAGUAUGAAAUUUCCCAAUGGUGAAAUUUCCAACAUUUAUAAGUCUAAGAAAUUUUGAGGUUUACAAUCCCCCCUGAUGAUCAUUGGGAGACUAGUCUCCCCAUUGAUCAUUUAACAUAAUCAAUUUGUAGUUCUAAAUUCACUUCUAACUAAAGAUAUACAAAAUAUUCAAUUUUCUAAGACAAAUUAGAAUAGUGAGAGAGGAAAUAGAAAAGAAAAGAAAGCAAAACCAAUGUUUGCUAGGCGCAUUGACAGAAAGCCAAAUUAGGGGCAGUCCCUUUUGGCAUAAAUGUGUACAGUUACAAUAAAUGUUCAAUCAAAAGUUCAGUCCAAUCAAUCACAUCCAAAGUUCAUUCUUGAUCUUCUUGAUGAAGUGUAGGUUUUCGGCAUCUUUCUGCAACAGUUCAUUCUCUGGAUAUAAAAGUUUCAAGCUUCUUUCUUGAAGAUCUUUUCUCAAACAGAAUCAAAAUCUUUGAU